CCGGCUGACCCGAGGCGGCGCGAGUCGGCCCGCCAGGCAGGGGGCCCAGCGUCCCGCCAGGCCUGGCAGGCGUGGGCGGGGCGGGAGGUGGCGCUCCCUCUCCCGCUCUCCCUCCCCCUCGCGCGUGUGCACACACACACACACACACACACACGCACACACACACACACACGCACGCACACACACACCGAGCAUCCUCCCGUCAGGUCUCCCCGUCCAGCCCCGCCCGCGCCUCCUGCUUCCAGCAAACCUUCUCCCUCUCUCCGCACCCUGCCCCCGCCCUCCAUUCCCUCCGGCUCCCGGACCCUCCCCUCCGACCCCCACCCGACCCCGGUGAUGGAGCAGCUGGAGCCAGCCCGGAGCCCCCCGCGGCCGGGGUGACCGUGCUCCCGCCCCUCUCCCGCCCGGCCCUCGCCUCGAGCACCAUGGGCCUGAGGGGUUCCCGGGGCGCCGGACGCUGAAGAUGACCGAUGCUGGAGCUCCCUUGAGUCAUGGCUUCUUCAAAGCUCCGAGAACCCACGGAUGAGGUUUUUGACCUGGACUUGGCUGUGCCAGAGACCGCCAGACUGGACAGCAGUUUACACAAGGCCCGGGCCCAGCUGCUGGCCAAGGGCCGGAGACACCGGCCGUCCCGCUCGAGGCUUCGGGACAGUGCCAGCUCUGCUGAGGACGGUGAAGGCUCCGAUGGGCCCGGAGGCAAGGUGACCGACGGCUGCGGGAGCCCCCUGCACCGGCUGCGCUCGCCUUUGCACUCGGGCCCGGGGUCCCCGGCCGGGGGCUCUUUCUGCCUGGAGCCUCCGGGGUUGCGGCGCAGCCAGGACGAGGACGAGCCACCGCCCUCGCCGCUCACACGCUACCGGCCGCUGCACAACGCUGCCUCGCACGAGGGCCUGGCCGCCGCCUCCUGCUCGCCGCCGCGCUCUGCGCCCUCCUCCGACAGCUCGCCCAGCUUCAGGCGCCGCCACCCGCGCGCCGAGCCGCUCAGCGAAGAUGACAGCCGGGAUGCCAGCCCUCCCGAGCCCGCCAGCCCCACCAUCGGCCUGGAUAAGAAGACUCGCCGAAAGUUCUUGGACCUGGGGGUCACCCUGCGCCGAGCAUCCACUGGCAAGAGCCGGAAAGAGAAGGGCAGCAACCGCCUGUCCAUGGGCAGCAGGGAGUCGGUGGAGGGGUCUGGCAGGUCAGGGGGCUCCCCGUUCCUGCCCUUUUCCUGGUUCACAGACAGCGGCAAGGGCUCGGCGUCCUCGGGCAGCACCACCUCCCCUGCCUGCUCCCCUAAACACGAGGGCUUCAGCCCUAAGAAGUCAGCUUCCCAGGAAUCCACCCUGAGUGACGACUCCACGCCCCCCAGCAGCAGCCCCAAGAUCCCGAGUGGACCCCGGCAGGAGGCCAAGUGUUCUUACCCCUACCACACGCUGUCCCAGUCUUCAGAUGAGUUCCUGGAUGAACCCCUCCCCACUGUCCACCAGUGGACCAGUCAGCAGGUGGGCCAGUGGCUGCACAGCCUCAGCCUGGAGCAGUAUGCUGCCGAGUUCGCCGCACGGCAGGUGGAUGGGCCGCAGCUGCUGCAGCUGGACGGAAGCAAACUGAAGAGCCUGGGGCUCAGCAACUCGCACGACCGCGCGCUGGUGAAGCGGAAGCUGAAGGAGCUGGCGGCGGCAGCCGAGAAGGAGCGCAAGGCCCAGGAGAAGGCUGCGCGCCAGCGGGAGAAGCUCCGGCGCCGGGAGCAGGAGGCCCAGAAGAGCUAGGGGUCCGGUGGGGCAGGCGCUGGCGCCAGGCACAGGCCUCCCGGUGGAGGCUGGAGCCAGGGGCACACUUGGGCUGGUCUGGCCCCACACUCUUGGGGGACACGCCCUCUCUCACCCUAUCACUCUGUUUGGAUCCAGAGCCCCCAGAAAGGGAGACCCAGGGAGAAGGCCUAGUAAUAAAUCCAUGUGGAGGACGUACUUGGCACAGAGUGCAUGGGGGAGGAGGCAGAUGAAGGGAGAGGGCAGAGAGGCCAGGGCUGAAGCGGUGGGAGCCCAGAGGGGCCUGGGCCAGGCUGACCCUCUGCCCUCAGGCCAGGCUGGGGCUAAGUGAGCUGGGAUGCCCACCUGCCUGCCUGCGGCCCUGAGACCACCGCCCCAGGGCUCAGAGAGGGGGCUGACCAUCUCAGCAGCAGUAGGUGGGCAGAGCUGUUCCCCUCCAGCUCUCCGAGGCGGCUGUGGUGGGGAGCUCUGUCCUGCUCCCCAGGGAGGCCAGUGGGCACCGCAGCAAGUCGCACUCAGGGUAGACUCCCAGCCAAACUCAAUAGGAGAGCAGAGAACACAGCACAGGAUAAGCAUGAUCUUUGAAGGACUUCAGGAGAAGGAAGGGACAAUGACACCCCCUCCUUCCUUCCUCCGCACUGUCCUGUGGGUCUCGGUGGGUGCGAGAUGACAUCCACGCAGGUCAGUGCCUCUCGGGGCCCAAUUAAGGCCUGGUCUUUGACCCAUUCUCCAAGCCAGAACCCACUUCUCCUCCUGCUGCUCCCUAAGAGGGUGCCUGCACCCUGUCUGGGGGCACAGCAAACUCUCGGGAGCUGCCGGGAAUGAGGACACCCCCCACCAAGACCUAGGCGGUACUGAACUAGUGAACCCUCACCCCGGCCAGGCAGAGGAGCAAUGUCUGGGGGUCCUUGGAAGCUACUGGGUUGGAAGGUUUCAUCAGCCCUCCAUCUACCCCGGUCAUUGCCGGGGCCUCAGCGGGCUCCAGAACUGGCAGACAGUGCAGGCUCCGGUUCUCUGGGCCACAAAGAAGGCUGAGGCAGCUCCCUUGGUAGGUGGUGGUGGGGUGGAGUCUUUCUGCAGCCUGGGGAUGGCAUCUGUCCUUUUAAGGAAAUGUCAGGUGCAGUGCUGGCCAGCAGCCAGCCCAGCUUCCAGAGCACUGGUCAGAGUUACCAAUGGGGCCAGGGGGCUUCUGAUUAGAGUCCCCCCUCCACCUCGAACCUGCCUGGAGGGUGGGCAGGACCCAAUGCAUGCUGACUCCCCCAGUCCUGCCCAGGGGCUGUGGCUUAUGGCCAGGGUGCUGGCCCUGGGACUCAGCCCUUUCCUCCCCUCUGCCAUCUUUGCCGGGAGAGGGGCUUCAGAGGGAUACUGAGAUAUGGGGACACUGGCACACCUGGGCCUGGUAGAGGGGCCACUGGGAGGUUGGAGGCACCCUUGUCCUUGAAGCCAUCCAGAGCUCUAGUAGGUGCUCACCUGCAUGUGAAGGGGGGAGGCGGUUCUCAAUUUAUUUCAAUAAACACUAUGAUGUGCCAGUGAC